AUGUAUCCCUCGCUCCUGAUCCACCAACCGAUACCUGCACCUCCACCGCCGAUACAAACUGGCUCGACCCCGCUAGAACCUCCUGCCACGUUGACCGUCCUGGUUGAUAACGGUGUCUCCGAACCCCAGCCGAGACCUAUGUAUCACCCGCAAGUAGACAAUCCUCGGCCCGACGCUGCCGGUAACUAUCCUCGCCCCAACGCUAAUGCCGCCGGUAACUAUCCUCGCCCCGACGCUAAUGCCGCCGGUAACUAUCCUCGCCCUGACGCUAAUGCUCCCGGUAACUAUCCUCGCCCCAACGCUAGCGGUAACUGGCCAAUGCCAGGUGGAGAUGGGUGGGACUUGUUACAUGAUGAACACCAACCGGCUCUCGCCGCUUGUGCACCGCUUCAGUCUAGCACACACCACGGGGCCCCAGGUGGAUUGCCAUUGCCUAUGAUGGCAAGCCAAGGGGGAUUCCAAGGCCACCCAGCUAACGAUCACACUACUGGUCAGACCGCAGGCCCCAGGGCGGCCUCAGGCGCAUCAUACCAACACUCCUUGGCGGCCGGGCCCCCAAUGAAUCCCACCACGCCCACCCACUCAUACCACGGCCGGCAAGGCGCGAGCGACCCCGGUGGACCUGGACCGAUCCGGCAUACCCCAACUAACCCAAGCCCAAGCCCGUACCGCUAUAGCCGCCAUGAGCCUCUGGCCCGACAUGAGCGGCCCUCGGCGUCACCUGAACAAAGCCGCAGACCGACCCAGAUGGCUUCCGGGCCCCUUCCACCGACUGGCGGUGCAGGCAUGAGCAGCCCACCUGCAUCGGAGCGGCCCCUUUCCGCCGCGACGAGCUGGAACUCAAGCCGCUCAGAAAACUCGUUGGCUUUGGUACGUCCCGAUACUCUCACAUUCAUCAGAGACAACAUCGGCACGCUUCGUGCCAACAUUGCCAACACUGAGGAGUUUAUCAGGGUUGCCGCGCCAGUAUUUAACGUAAGUCAAUAG